AUGUCUUCAAAUUCUGUGCCAUCAACUCAUGGCGGCGGUACGUCGUCUGGCGGGCGCCACAGGAAGGAGGAGGUCGUCCACAACAUGAAGACCAUUCAACCGAAUCUGAUCGACCAUGUCAUGAGCGAGCGCAACAAGACUGGAAGCGCCGGGGCCGUCGUCAACGCAAUGGCCAACUACGUCCGCGUGAAGAGCCAUGUCGACUUGCCCAUCUACCAAUUCCAUGUCGCCUUCGACCCGCCAGUCGACAACAAGAGCUGGCGCGAAGAAAUUCUACGCGGCUGUGGCAUUUUCGAUCGCGUCCUUUUCGAUGGUGCUAUGAUGUACUCGCCGGAGCGCAUCGAGGACGGCUCGGUGUACCGUGCAUCACAUCCCGGCGACAACGGCGUCACCGUCCAAGUUACCGUCAAGGUCACUGCCACGUUUGAGCGCAACGAUCCGCAGGCCUUGCACGUCUUCGAUCUGCUCAUCCGCAGGGCUAUGAGGCAAACGAACCUGGUGUGUGUCGCUCGUCACUACUUCGACCCAAAGGGCAACUUCAGCGUCGAAAACUACCCGCUUGAAUGCUGGCCGGGCUAUCACACCGCUACGCGCCUUCACGAUGACGGAAUGAUGGUUUGCAUCGAGAACAAGUGGAAAGUGCUUCGGUCGGACACGAUCCUCAACCAGUUCAUCAAGAUCCUGCGCCGUACCGGGAGCACUACCGAAGCUUUCUGGGCGGAGUCGGAGAGACUCGUGAAGGACCAAACGGUGCUGACGAUCUACAACAACCGAAUGUAUCGUCUGACGGGAAUCGACAGGGAACGGACCGCCCGCUCCGAGUUCACAAUGGCAAAUGGCUCGACUGUCUCGUUUGGAGAGUACUUCACGAAGCAGUAUGGCAUUGACGAAGUCGACAUGGAGCAGCCCUUGCUGUAUUCCGAAGGAAAGCCGAAGCAGCCUGGCGAGCCGCCACAGAGGACUUACCUGCUGCCGCAGCUCUGCCAUCUGACUGGCAUCACCGACGAGAUGCGCAACGACAUGCUCUGCAUGCGCGCCAUGUCCAAGGUCACCCGCUUGACGCCGGACGCACGCCUCGACAUGACCCGCAAGUGGCUCCGGAAGGUUCGCGAGAUGCCGGAUUUGCAAGAAUUCUUCCGCCAUUGGGGCUUCGAGCUGGACGAGGAGUUCAUCCACUUUCCCGCACGUCGUCUUGAUGAAGAACUGUGCUUCGGUCGCCGUCCUGGGGGAUACAAAGGUGAAAAGGCAGAAUGGGCGCGCCAAGUCAAGUCCAAUGGUAACUACAGAAGUGCCGCUGUCAACCAUUGGAUGGUGGUCGCACCGAACACCCAGCAAGCCAUCACUGCGGCCCAAAAGUUCAUCGCCGAGUGCAAGUCCAUUGGCCGUCAAAUUAACAUGGACCUUCCUGAGCCACAUUGUUUCCCCGUUGGAGGCAGUGGAGAGGCAAACGACUACCUUGACGUUAUCCGCGAGAAGCUUGCCGAAGCUGCGAACCAUGGCAUCAAGUUGGACAUGCUCGUCGUGAUCCUGAAGGACGACAACAAGACACGCUACGACACUGUCAAGAAGGUCGUCUGUGUGGAUUUGCCUGUUCCGAGUCAAUGCGUCCGUGUGCAGACGUUGAUCGGCCGUCCAUCUGAUGGGGGCGUUAACAAGCAGCUCGGCUCCAUUUGUCUGAAGAUUCUUCUUCAAAUGAAUUGCAAGAUGGGUGGAGCGCCUUGGAUCGUGAAAAUGCCGCCGAAGCGCGUCAUGUUCAUCGGAUACGACCUCUACGCGGACUCUACCACUCGUGGCAAGUGCGCGGGAUCGUGCGUUUCUUCCUUCGACCAAGACAUCACCGCCUGGUAUUCGCAAUGCAAGGCCCACGAGAAUCCACAAGAACUGGGAACUAACCUCGGGAAUUUCGUCAGAAAAGCUCUCAAGAAAUACAUUGAUAAUAACAACAACCAACUCCCGGAAAAGUUCUUCUUGUACCGUGACGGUGUUGGUGAUGGACAAAUCCCAAAUGUGCGCAAGCAGGAGGUCCCACUUGUCCGACAAGCUGCCGAAGAGGUGGCUCAGACAAUGGCUCAGACUGUUCCACAGUUCGCCUUCAUCUUGGUCACGAAGAAAACCAACACACGCGUCUUCACUGCCUCGGGCAACUCUGCUGCAAACCCACUGCCGGGAACUGUGGUCGACAACUACAUCACACGUCCUGAAAGGUACGACUUCUACAUGGUGCCACAAGCGGUGAACCAAGGCACGGUGGCUCCGGUCCACUAUUCCAUCAUCCACGACGACACUGGCUACGAUGCGGACCGCCACCAUAAGUUGGCCUUUAAAUUGUGCCAUCUCUACUACAACUGGCAAGGCACGGUCCGCGUCCCAGCUCCAUGUCAAUACGCCCACAAGCUCGCCUUCCUCUUCGCACAGACGCUCCAUCGAGAAGCCAACGAGCAGCUCCGCGACAAACUGUUUUAUCUC